AUGAGUAGCCCACAAAGUGUUGAAGGAAUCGCUAUGGAUGACCUUCCUUCCAAACCAGCAGCAAUUGAUCAUGACGAUGAACUUCGAGGUUCAUCUCAUUCGACUGGGAAUAAGAAAUAUGAUCGAUCUUCGCCUAGACGAGGGAGAUCAAGCCGAAAGUCUCACAGAAGGAGCAGUUCUGAUGAGCUGGCAUCAAGCCGCUCUUCGUAUGGUAAUGGCGAUGAUUCAGAUCGGAUGUCCAGUCUCUCGUCACAUGGGAAAGGAAGCAGCAGCCCGAAGACGCAAUCGACAUUAAGCCGCUCUUCGCGUGGUAAUGGCGAUGAUUCAGAUCGGAUGUCCAGUCUGUCUUCGCAUGGGAACGAAAGCAGAUCGAGAAAGCUAUCUUUUUCGAGCCGCUCUUCAUCUCGUGACAAAUGCGACGGCUUACGGUCUUCUUCGCAUAGAAAGAGCAAACCUGAACGUACGUCAAAUUCGUUUGGAAGUACUGAUUCUAAAAGCCAGUCUCCCCGUCCUCGUAUGAAGAGGAGCAGUUCGACAAGGGUAUCAAGUAGAUCUUCUUCUCGAAGCUCAGGAGUCGUAAGUCAGUCUCCUCGUCCGCGAAGGAGCAAUUCAGAUAGGUUACCAUCUCGAUCUUCUUCGAAUAGCAAAAUUGAACGCUUGAAUCUGUCUGAAAAUAUGACGGACAAUACUGAAAGUAUAUCACGUCACUCUCCUCGGCGCCGAAGGAGCACCGAUGAUGGUUCGCCAAGCCGGCCAUCUUUAGAGAAAAGCAAAUCGGAUCGAGUGUCAGCAAGGCGCCAUUCCUCACAAGAAAGGCGAGGCAGUAGCGAUGGAGCACCAAGGCGGUCUUCGAGUGGCGGUUCGGAUAGAAAACACAAAAUCCGCUCGCCUAGAAAGGGUGGAAGGCGCAGCACCGAACGUGACAACUCAAACAGUGAAAUUCGAAGAAAUUUGAAAACCGAUAACAUGGACAGCCUGUUGAAUGUUGGAACCAUGAGUAUUCUCACAGAAGGUACUAACGAAGAAAGUUCACGUCACCAAAGAAGCAUAGCAACUGAUGCGCUGUACGGAUUGGACGCAGAUUCCAAGGCUAAGGCAAAAGCAUCCAAAGGAAAUGCGCAGUCACCCAGUGUACCAGGUGUGCAACAAGUAUUCAGUUCAUCUGCCACUGUGGCUACCAAUAUGACUAGUGCAACCACCAGUACGCUCUAUGGAAAUGCCGAUGAUGAUGCCAAGACGAAAGCAAAAGCGUCCAGAGGUGGUCUACAGCCACCAAUCGUACCAGGAGUGCAGACUGUGUACAGCCCAUCAGAUGCCACCGUGGCUAGCGGUAGGAGUACUGCAACCACCAGUACACUCUACGGAAGUGAUGCAGAUGCCAAGGCCAAGGCAAAAGCGUCGAGAGGAAAUUCUCAGUUUGCUACAAUGCCAGGAGUACAGACUGUGUCUAGUUCAGGUGCCACUGUGGCCAGCAGCAUGAGCAGCGCAACCACAGCUACGCUCUAUGGACACGAUGAGGAUGCCAAGACAAAGGCGAAGGCUUCCAGAGGAAGUUCUCAAUACGCAAGCAAUCCAGGUGUGGAGAGCGUCAAUAUGGUGGCUUCUGUUGGAGGCGAAAGUGCCUCCAGUACUGCAACCACCGCUACACUAUAUGGAAGUGAUGCAGACGCCAAAGCGAAGGCAAGAGCUGGUCGAGGUGGCUCGACAUGUGCAGCAAAUCCGGGUGUGGAAAGGGUGGCCGUUGCGGCAGCAAUGGCACCUGUGGCUGAAAACGAGAAUGAAAACGAGAAUGAGGAUAACGAGGAAGAGAAAGAUGGAGAAGAUCCUGUUGCAAGUCGAGUGCCAAUGGUGGCAACAGAUUCCGAGUCCGGUAGUAUUGAAGAUGCGGAGAGGAGUGCAGCGUCGGAGAACGGUGAGAAGAAGAACACAGACGACGAAAAGAAGAAGAAAAGAAGGAGGAGGGGGGUUGGCUUUUGCUUGUGCUGCUGCUUGUUACUAUUGCUCAUUGCAGGGGGGAUUGGUGUCUGGUUCGUUCUGUUUCGAGAUGACGGUAGUGGCCAAGAUAGUCAAAUCAACACUUCUGGUAUCCAAGAUCUAUCCACUGCACCCUCGUCGCAACCUUCAACAUUCUUUGCUCCGGGUCCGUCGAUGAAUGUGCCCGGUUCGCCUACUGGCGCGCCAGUCUUGGAAGAAAUUAUAUUCGAGCCUCCCAGCGAAUCAAAUUGCGAUGCCAUUGCCAAGAACGAAACCAUCGCCGGACGAGAUGAGCUGGACAAUGCUGAUUUUGGCCUGAGUUUGGAAGUCGUGUUGUCGGAGAAUACCACCAUGACAAGAUCAUUGGUGGACGACUUGUUGAUCGCAAUUCAAGAGAAAAUUCUUCCUUCCAUCGCUGGUUGCAAUAUUCGUGCGGACGAAUUUGUAGAGGCCUGGCGUUUUGUCAUCUUCGACGCCUUUGCAAGUGGCAAUGCUAUGCCCGACGAAGCGUGCACCAAUAGUGAUUUGGUAGGGCAGAACUGCCAUCGGGUGAAUGUUCAAUUAGACGUGUUCCUGAAAGGGUUUGUAAGGUUUCUUGACAUUAUUCGACUGAUCAGUGAAGAGGAGUUGAACCUUGCGAAUAAUCUGGAGUUGUCGGAACCAUUUUCGAUCAUUCAACUGGUUGCGAUCGACAGCUUGACCCCAACAAAUGCGCCGACAAUCAUGUCAAGCGAUGCACCAAGUUCUUCGCCAUCGAAAGGUCCGACAUCAAUGCCGACUUCUCUUCCGACAGGAUCACCUUCAAAGUCUCCGACACAAAUGCCGACUGUACCGGGUCAGACACGUGUGCCAAGCGUAGAACCAUCAUUAGCACCAAGCGCUUCUCCAACCGCCACAACAGUACCUACAGCGUUGCUUGUUGUGCCGACAGCUUUUCCAACGGAGAGUCCAAGUUCACGUCCAAGUAUGGCACCAAUUGUGGGUCCUACACCACCCCCAACAAAAAGUCCCACAAAAAUUCCAACGGAGAGUCCAAGUUCACGUCCAAGUAUGGCACCAGUUGUUGGUCCCACGCCACCCCCAACGAGAAGUCCAACAAAAAAUCCAACGGAGAGUCCAAGUUCACGUCCAAGUAUGGCACCAGUUGUGGGUCCCACACCACCCCCAACGAAAAACCCAACAAAAUUCCCAACUGUUAGUCCAAGUGCGCGUCCAACUCCACCCCCAACGAAAAACCCAACAAAAUUCCCAACUGUUAGUCCAAGCCCGCGUCCAAGUAUGACACCAGUUGUGGGUCCUACACCACCCCCAACGAAAAGCCCGACAAAAAGUCCAACUUUGCUCCCAAGUACUAUGCCAAGCGCACGACCAACUCCCUUUCCCACGGCGAGACCCAGUGCGACGCCGACCAAAUUGCCCACGAAAUCACCGACCAAAACGCCCACGAAAAAUCCAAGUGCUUCUCCUUCAAGCAGGCCUAGUAGCAGACCAAGCAGCUCGCCAUCAGCGCGGCCAACUUCUUCGCCCAGUGCAAAGCCUUCGAGCAGUCCCAGUGUAGGUCCGUCAGCGUUACCAAGUCCAGUACCAAUUAUUACCUAUACGCAGCUUGCGAAAAACGAAAAUUGCCCUGUGGGCAACGCCAAUUAUUUGAGCACGGUUGGAGGUCUUGCUGAUGAAGACGAAUGUGCCAAAGAGUGUUUCUACACGUCAGGCUGUGUCGUGUUCGUAGUUGGGAAAACUAGAGGCCAGAUAGACUGUUACUUGUGCAAUGGCAGUGGCAACUUGGUGCAGGAUGGUGGUACAACUGCAUAUUCAUUGACUACAUAG